AUGAACUCGGUAUUUCUACAAAAUGAUGAAGAACUACCCUUCUGCUAUAAGUCAUUGAAUGCAUCUUGCAUUAAGGUUAUGCGAUCUGCCAGUGCCAAGGUGCCUGCAUAUUUUGCAUGCGUGUUGGGGAUGUUGAUCACCAUAUUUGGAAACCUAAUGGUCGUGGUCUCAGUGGCUCAUUUCAAAGCGCUACAUUCCCCAACAAACUUUUUAGUUCUCAGCCUUGCUGUAGCUGACUUUCUUCUUGGAGUGCUAGUUUUACCCUUUAGUACUGUAAGAUUAGUUGAAACAUGUUGGUAUUUUGGGGAUGACUUCUGCCGGCUUCACACAUGUUUAGACACAAUAUUUUGCUUGGUCUCAAUUUUUCAUUUGUGCUUUGUUUCUUUUGAUCACUACUGUGCCAUUUGUCACCCUUUGUUAUACCCAACAAAAGUAACCAUUCCAGUAGUAUGUGCAUAUAUAGUUGUUGGUUGGGUAGUUUCAGUAAUCUAUACAUCUGCAUGGCUUUAUUCUGAUGUCCUUAUGAUAACAAUGGGCCAUCUCAUGACAGAAGACUAUUGCAUAGGCAGCUGUCAACUUGUAUUCAAUAAAAUAUGGGGAUGGAUUAAUUUUCCUGUAUUCUUUGUACCUUGCUUUAUUAUGAUUGGCUUAUAUAUUAAAAUAUACCUUGUCUCACGGAAACAAAGGAGGAUAAUAGAGAAUGUCUGUGAGUCAUACCAGUCUCGCACUGAUACCAAAGUAUCAAAAAGAGAAAGGAAAGCAGCAAAAACUCUAGGAAUAGCAGUUGGGAUCUAUCUGUUUUGCUGGUUGCCAUUUAUGAUAGACACUUUGAUAGAUCCUUUUCUAAAUUUCAGUACCCCACCACUUUUGUUUGAUAUUCUCAUUUGGUUUGCAUAUUUUAAUUCUGCUUGUAACCCUAUCAUUUAUGGAUUUUUCUAUCCCUGGUUUAGGAAGUCAUUAAAACUUACAGUUACUUUCAAAAUAUUUUACUCAGGGUCAUCACUAAUAAAUCUGUAUCAAGAAAAAUGA